CGCAGCGCGGGCGGCGGAAGGAAGCGCGGGAGCGGCGCGGGGCCAUGGCGCUGCCCGGCGAGCUGUGGGCCGAGCUGCCGGCCGAGAAGCGCAUCUUCUGCUCCGUGCUGCUCUUCUCCUGGGCCGUGUACCUGUGGGAGGCCUUCCUGGCGCACCGGCAGAGACGGGUGUAUAGAACAACAACACAUGUACCACGGGAAUUAGGACAGAUCAUGGAUUCAGAAACAUUUGAAAAAUCUCGUCUGUAUCAGCUGGACAAAAGUACCUUCAGCUUUUGGUCAGGCCUGUAUUCAGAGGUUGAGGGCACUAUGAUUCUCCUCUGUGGAGGAAUUCCUUUUCUUUGGAAUCUGUCUGGUCAUAUCUCUGGUCGUGCUGGGUUUGGACCAGAAUAUGAGAUUGUUCAAUCAUUGGUAUUUCUGCUGCUUGCAACACUCUUCAGUGCAGUGACUGGUCUCCCAUGGAGUUUGUAUAACACAUUUGUCAUAGAAGAGAAACAUGGCUUCAAUCAACAGACGCUGGGAUUUUUUUUUAAGGACGCUAUCAAGAAGUUUAUCGUGACUCAGUGUAUUCUAUUGCCAGUGACAUCCCUUCUGCUCUACAUUAUUAAAAUAGGGGGAGACUACUUCUUCAUCUAUGCCUGGCUCUUCACAUUAGUUGUUUCCUUGGUGCUUGUUACAAUCUAUGCAGACUACAUUGCACCUUUGUUUGAUAAAUUCAUUCCGCUUCCUGAGGGAGAGCUCAAGCAACAAAUUGAAACAAUGGCAAAGAGCAUAGACUUCCCACUGACUAAGGUGUAUGUUGUUGAAGGUUCUAAGCGUUCUUCUCAUAGCAAUGCUUAUUUCUAUGGCUUCUUCAAGAAUAAGCGGAUAGUACUCUUUGACACCCUCCUGGAAGAUUAUUCUGCAUUGAACAAAGAGCCAGCAGAAGGAGAAGAUGGUGAAAACGAAGAGACAAAGUCUAAAACUAAAAGUAAGAAACAAGGAUGUAAAAAUGAAGAAGUUCUGGCUGUACUUGGUCAUGAAUUGGGUCACUGGAAACUGGGUCACACAGUCAAAAAUAUUAUCAUCAGCCAGAUGAAUUCCUUCCUCUGCUUCUUCUUGUUUGCUGUGUUAAUUGGUCGAAAAGAACUCUUUGCUGCAUUUGGUUUCUAUGACACCCAGCCUACCCUGAUAGGCUUGAUGAUUAUUUUCCAGUUCAUUUUUUCACCUUACAAUGAGGUUCUGUCAUUUUGUUUGACUGUAUUAAGCCGACGAUUUGAAUUUCAAGCAGAUGCAUUUGCCAAGGAACUUGGAAAAGCUAAAGACCUAUAUUCUGCUUUGAUCAAGCUAAACAAAGAUAAUCUAGGAUUCCCUGUUUCUGACUGGAUCUUUUCAAUGUGGCAUUACUCCCAUCCGCCCCUUUUAGAAAGACUUCAGGCCUUGAAAGAUGCAAAGCAAGAGUGACAGGAAUCAUUGCUGGUUCAGAGACAAUGCUUCCAUCUCAGAAGCAAAGUUCAGAGCUGCUUUUUAAUUUCUUUUUAAAAGUGGAUAAUGCCAAUUGAGUGCAAUGUUAACAGCACGACAGAUCUGAGAAUCCUGAAACAGGUAUUAAAUUAUAAAUAACUUUUUUUUAACAAAAACAAAACUGUGGAACUUAAUUUGGAAAAAGUACUGGGUGAAGACCUUCCCCCCCCCCCCCCCCCACUGGCUUUUAUCUCCAUAUCAUAGUAUAGACUUGUAAAAGGAAGAAAACAAAAGUAUAGACUUCAAAGCACCUAUCUCUUCAGUUUGUGUAUGCCUUGAACAUUGCUUUUGAUCCUUUUCCCCUGCUCAGCGUUCUGUGAACCUUCCCAGUCUCAACCCUCUUCACAAUGAAGAGAGUCUGAGUGACUUGGUUUCUUGUAUUAUAAUACUUGUACUCACCAGUCACUAUUUUGUGUUUUAAAAAGCUGAAUGGAAGUACAGGCCUUUCUCCUGGACUCAUGUCUGUCGUAAUUGAAAAUGCUACUUAAUAAAACCUCCUUUCUCUGAAGUGUGGGAAGAACGAUGAAUUACAGCUGAGGAAAUAUACCAAGGCUUCCUGGAAAAUGAGCACUAGUUGGUAUUCAGCAGUGUUACAGUGGGAUUAGGCUCCUCCUCUUCUCCACUGCUUGGGGUAUGGAAGGAUAUAUGGAGAAUCAGAACAAGACCUACAUGUUCAAGAAAGUUGCUAAUUCUCUAUUCUUCUCCCUUUUGCCUGAGCAAAAUUGUUAUCAUCUUUUCCACACCUCAGUUCCUCAAUUUCUGUUGUCCUUUUCCUAAAUUCUUUGUGUAUAUGGAAGCAUCCUGUUGCUCAGACAGUGCAUCAGAGCCAAACUUUCAUUCCAAGGGGGUUUGUCCUCCAGUCCAUGGAGGGUAUUCCAUUAAUAAGAAUUCAGCUGAAAUAGCAGUGCUGGAAUACUUGGAAAAUAUUCCUUGUCGUUGUUAUCAUGUAAAUAGCCCAAGACACAGUUUGUUCAUAGAGGUUAGUGAAGGACAAAGUGAAUGGUUGUGGAAAUGGCUUCUGCAUUGUUUAGCUCAUAUUUUUCUGAUGAAAGGUGGCAUUAAAUUUACUUUCCUUGAAAUAAAGGUAAAAGUUAAAA